CUGAAUGCCUAAAAGGAUGACUUUAUCCGCGUUUAAAAUCCGUUUACCCUCGGCACACCGAACGAUUAUUUACGGGCGGCGUACGGCCCGACGUCCGUGGCACUCUACCGUCCGAUCGUCGGCCGAAACGUCGGCGCGGAUCAAUAGCCCUCCUGAGGAGCGGAGCUUGCGCGAAGAGGACGAUACGCCACCAGCACUACCGACAGCGUCACAGGAAAAAUGCGAUAGUAUAAGAUGGACCCGGGGACGACUCGCGGGUGACCCACGUCUGACGCACGUGAAAUUUUAUCCAUCUACUUAUUCUAAACGUCCUAACCUAUCCAAUCAUCGAGGUUCGUCUACAUUUUUGCGGCAAUGCUCUAGUAUACGCUGGCUGCGUUCAGUUUUAAUGCUCCAUAAUGCUCACGCGCUAUGAGCAUGAUUCAUCCUUGUUUAACG